CUGGCACUUAGGGCAGGUCGCGGGCACGCCUAUGACGAGGCUCCGUCGCUGACAGCCACCGCCAGACUGGCAGAACCUGGUGUGGUGCCGAGGCGAGCGGUGGUAAAUUUUCAGGAGGGAACACAGGGAUUCUACAGAAAACGUGAUGAAGUUGUUAGUCGUCGGUCUGGCGCUGCUCGUCGGCGGUGCUUGGGCACAACACUCAUUUAUCAACCACGACACAGAACUAUUAGCUUUGCCCAGCGAUCAACUGGUUCACUCAGAUGUUGAACUCGAUGCCGUCGAGUCCAUUGUUCCUCCGCCUCAACGAAACCCUGCGAAUUUGAACGUGUACUACGCUACCCCAGAUCAACUGCCUUUUGGGGCGAGGUUACCAGGCUAUGAGAAAAUCGAAUAUGCUUAUGGAUACCAAAUACGUGAUAAUCAAGGUCCCAAGAAAGUUGAAACGCUGCCUACAACGACAGUUAGAACAACAACAGCAAAAGCCAAUGUUUUGGGUUCGUUCCACUCACUAUUCUUUCCGGACUCUAUAAAUCAACAUUUUACUCCUCCUGAUAAAGAGUAUUUGCCCCCAUCGCCUCAGUCACAAAAUCCGAAAGCAGAUCAGCCUCCGAUAAAAUCAUUUCUUGAGGUAGGUGACGCCUACUUACCUCCUGAUCUUGAUUUCAAAACUGAAGUGCCAUAUCCUCCGGCACUAAGUGAUCAGUAUCUUCCUCCAGAACCUGAGACAAAAUUCGAAGCAAUACCUACACCACCACCACCCAGCAAUGAAUACCUUCCUCCUGACUUUGAAACGAAAUCUGAACCAGCACCUACAACGCCACCAUCACCAGCUGAUGCGUAUCUUCCUCCGAACCACAUUAGGAGCACCGAACCGCCACAUUUUCUUUCUGAAUAUCUUCCACCUCCACCUGAUCCACCAGCAUCUUCGGACCGCGGGUCACUCCAUCCCAUUCCUCCGACUCUUCCCAAGCCAGCAACUGGUGCUGCCUGGAAGGUGGAGCAGGAAUCUCCUGUGGGAGGCGAUCAGCCAACACUUCAGCCUUUAGGGAUUCAAACUGCUCACAACGACGCUCCCGUCGAGUUUGUUGGACAAUACACUACUUCUCCAGCCCUUGGGGUUGUGGGUGUGCCUGAGGAUAGAGUUACUGCCGUCAAAAAGGAAACAGUAAAGCCACCCUUAGGAGUUGUUGUUGCUGCUGAGGACCCCCCACUUCAUUUUAAGGCUGAAGCCCCUGUCCAGUUGCCUGUGGGAGCCAUUGGCGAGUUGAAAGAUGAAAUUAUUAUAGCUGACUCUGAAAAAACAUCACAACCUCCUCUGAGCAUAGUGAGUGAUUUAGGAACACGCAAAAUAUAUUUUCAAUCUGAGACUUCAAAAUUGGCACCUUAUGCUGUCAUCAGUGAAUUACAGCCAGAAACCAUUGAAUUUCAGUCUGAAGUAUUCCAACCUCCACCCUUAGCUUUAGUGUCAGAACUCCAAAACACCAUAAGGGCCUAUGCAGAACAACCCAAUCCAAGCCCUUAUGCUGUUGUUGGUGAACCUGUGGACAACGCCAUCAAGGCUGAAGCACAUUCUCGGCCUGUGGUUGUAGGAGCUAUUGCUAAGGCCAAUCCUGUAUGUGAGCAGAAUGACGAUUGUGCAGACGACCAGAUCUGCUUGGAUGGCCUGUGUGUCAAUGCAUGUGUAAUUGCAACGGGACUCUGCGUCGGCCAUGCCAGCUGUGUUGCACGAAGACAUAUUCCUGGUUGUGUUUGUCCUGAUAUGUUCACAGCCGUCACCCACAGCCGCAGCGGGCAAGAUCAGUAUGACUGCAUGCCCAUGAUGAUGAUGGCUGCUGGCACCAGCAGGGGGAUUCAGAUCACCGCAGGAAAAGCAAGUAACACAGGAUAUGGUUUUGCACCCAUCGCUGAUCAUCGCAGAACUGACACACGGAUUCGCUAUCCUCCACUUGCCAUUCUGACCGAGACACAGGGUCGGGUUACGACGCCUCUGAGGCAGUCCUUCGCGGAUCGCCCAUUUGUGAAUCGACAGACGUCCCAGGACCCUUGCCGACCCUCGCCCUGCGGGCCCAAUACCCGAUGCGAGGUGAGCUCAAAGGGCAUCGCCCUUUGCAGGUGCCUUGCCGAUUUCGUCCCCGACGGAAACACCAUCAACGGAUGCAAGCCUCAGUGCACCAGAGAUGACGACUGUCCUGAUGACUACCGCUGCCGAUCGACCAAGUGCGUGCGCGUGUGCGUGCAGGGAGCUUGUGGCGUCAACGCUGAGUGCGACUCUCGCAACCACCGCGCUGUGUGCAGCUGCCCGAGCAACUACAUCGGUGAUCCUCACAUUCGCUGCAAUAGAGAAGUGCCUGACUCCCGUGUGGCGCCCCCUGCCCUCCCUUUCAACCCGUGCCAGCCUUCACCCUGCGGCAUCAACGCCGAGUGCAGCGUGCGCGGAGACAGGCCCGUGUGCACCUGCCCCAUCGGCUACGAGGGCGACCCGCUCACCAACUGCCGCCGCGGCGAAUGUAUCGAGAUCACUGACUGCCCAGGACACCUCACCUGCCAGCGCCUCAAGUGCAUCGACCCCUGCCAAGUGGGCCUGUGCGGCCAGGGCUCCGAGUGCACCGUCAGGAACCACCAGCCGGUCUGCUCAUGCCCACGAGGCUUCGUGGGAGAUCCUUUCACCAGAUGCAGGAGGUUUGACCCUCAGGAAUUGUGCAGUCCCAGUCCCUGCGGCCACAACACCAACUGCAAGGUGCGCAACGACCGCGCCGUCUGUUCCUGCAUUGACAACUACAUCGGCAACCCCCUCACCGGCUGCGAACCCGAAUGCGUCCGCGAUACGGACUGCCCCAAUAACAUGGCCUGCCGAAACAACAUCUGUGUGAAUCCUUGCCGUGAUGCCUGCGGUGAGGGAGCUUACUGUGACGUCAGGAACAGUCGCGCUAUUUGCUCUUGCCCCGAGUACUACCAGGGCGACCCAUACAGCAGGUGCUACGCCGAGUGCACCGCUCAUGACGACUGCCCCAACUACCAGGCUUGCUACCAGCUCCAGUGCGUGAACCCGUGCGACGGCGCUUGCGGUACAGGCGCUGACUGCAAGGUAGAAAACCACAAGCCCAUCUGCUCUUGCCCAAGAGGCUACACCGGACACCCGUUCGAGGCCUGCCGUCUUUUCACUUCUGCCGAUUUGUGCAACCCUAACCCAUGCGGCUCCCAGGCUGACUGCACACCUGGCUUCGAUAGCUCUGGCAACGACCGCCCUGUAUGCACUUGCCCAACAGGCUUCAUCGGCAACCCGCUUGUCUCGUGCCAGCGUGGAGAGUGCCAGAGCCACAAUGAGUGCCCCAACCAUCAGGCCUGUUAUGCCUACCAGUGCCAGAACCCAUGCUACUACAAUGGCGAGUCUGUGUGCGGCCACAACGCCGACUGCACAGUGAAGAACCACCAGCCGGUGUGCGCCUGCCCUCGGGGUUACGACGGCAACCCGCUGAACGAAUGCAGAAUCGGGCGCGGCGGCGGCUUCGCCGUGGGCAGAAAUAGGAAGUAAAGGGGGGCGUUUACUGAGGAAAAACGAAGCGAAACGAAAGCAAAGAAGCAUAAUAAAAGAGAAAGAAUAGGAGAGGAGCGGAGAAAAGGGAAAGAAACGAACGAAAUAAACGCGCGUUUAAUAGCGACAUUCCAAUUGUAGGUUUCACAUCACAAUACAAACACAAUUUGCAAUCGAAAAGUAAAAAUCUUCCAAAGUUGAAAAUCACAUACGCAGAUGUUUUUUUCUAACACUGUUAUGUUGAAAUAAAAAUAUUAAAUAAUUAAAGUGCAAUAAAAAAUAUAUAUAUGAAAACUAAGAAAAUUGUUAUUACAAAACAGAUCUUAUAAAAUGUAUAUAAAAAAUCUAAACGAAAAAGUUUUGUUCAUCCAUAUAUAAAAAUACUGAAGGAAAUUAACAUACCCAAUUUUGUAUCACUACAUUUGUAUUGAGGUCUACCACAAACCUUCCUGAAACCAUUGUCAUAAAGCUUUACUCUUUGUCAUUUAGAAUUAUUUCAUUUAACAGACUGUAGAUGCACAUUUUUAUACACACAUAUGCACUUUUUAGAUCAGCAUGCAUUGAAUAACUUCGUCAGGGGCUGUAGCUUACAGUGGUACUAAAUACGAACAAAUUCACUGUUUGAAUGUGAUUUCCGCUUUCCCUAGUCAUCCCUUACUAAAAAGUGUAUAGAAUACGGGAGCCCGGUUUUUAAACACAAAUCAAAGAAUAUGGGAAGUUUAAUAGCGUAUACUGUUUUAGAAGGCUGUCUCUUCGAGUUUUUCUGGUACUGGGUGAGGAAUCUUCGAGCUGGAGUCCGAGGUAGACUACCCAAGGCCCUCCCUGUUCCUUCCGCUGCCUCCGCCUCUUUCUCCCGGGGCUUCCAUCCCGCCCCGGUCGAGUCCGCCAAAGGCCCAGAGACACCACCACGACGCGCCCGGACUCCGGCAUGGCCUGAAUUUUCCUGACUGAUGAUAGCCAAGAGCAGAGAUACUCGAAAGGAGCCUUCGACUACUACCUGUCUCAGUUGUAAAAUGGGUUACAUGAAUAAUAAACUAAUAUUCUUUCUUGAUAUUUAAUAAAAAUAAAAUUCUA